AUGGUUUACAAUACAAAGGAAUUUCAAUAUUUUAAACCAAAAAACUCUUAUCUACAAACAUUUAAGACCACAACUGGUAAACCAAUAUAUAACACAGCACCACCUCCGCCGCCACCACACCAAACAGCAGCAGCACAGCAGAAUUCCUGGUGGAACUUAUUGAAGCCAUACUUUAAGGAAUAUUGUAAUAUUUCUUCAAUACAUUGUUUUCACUAUUUCACCGACAAUAAAUUAAGAUACUAUGAAAAGGCCAUCUGGUUUCUCAUCAUAGUGGCCACUAGUGUGUGCUGUACCAUUGUUUAUUUCGAUUUGGCCGAGUUGUACUAUACACAGCGUGUACAAACCACAGUAGCCGAUUCCGUACAUCCAGUGUUUGUGGUACCAUUUCCCUCCGUGGGCAUCUGCCUAAGGAAUCGCAUCGAUUGGACUCGUUUACAAAAUCAAGCAGCUAAACGUUUUCUGCCUCCAAAUGUAGACAAUGAGACACUGCACACGUUUUAUAGCUUUUUCGAAAGUUUGGCCGACGUUAAGUUUUAUUACCUAAAACGUUUCUCGCCAUUAUUUAAACCAUCUGCUAAUGUUAAUCUAUCACUCAUCGAUGGCGUCAAUGUUUUGGAAGUAAUGCAAUAUUUGACAUUUCCCUGCACUCAGGUUUUCAGCACCAUUUGCAUGUGGCGUCUCAAAGCCUACAAUUGUUGUGAACUAUUUACGCUGGAGCGAACAGAGUUGGGUUUCUGUUAUGUCUUCAAUUCGGCCGUUAGCGAAACGACUAAGGAGAAAGCGAAAAACAAUCAAUUUUAUCCGUAUCACAAUUCAUAUUCUGGAGAGGGCACUGGCUUAGAUGUGGAAGUUUUACUGAAUGAAAACAAAAUGAAGCCAGGAACUCGUAUGGUUAAUGGAAUUUAUGUAGCAAACAGUUCAAAUUUCAAGAAAACAAUCAACUACAAAAAGAAUGAAUCCUAA